GGUAGUGCGGUUGAAUUAAUCGCGAGCAGCCUCGGUAUGUCUGUGCCAACGGCUUGCACGCGAUUCAGUGACAACUACGACCUGAAGGAGGAACUCGGCAAAGGUGCCUUCUCCGUGGUUCGACGAUGUGUGCAAAAAAGCACCGGUCACGAGUUUGCUGCAAAAAUUAUAAACACCAAAAAACUCUCAAAUAGAGAUUUCCAAAAACUCGAGCGUGAGGCGCGGAUAUGUAGAAAACUACAACAUCCAAAUAUUGUGAGAUUACAUGACAGUAUACAAGAGGAGAAUUUCCAUUAUCUUGUCUUUGAUCUAGUCACCGGCGGAGAACUGUUCGAGGACAUCGUCGCCCGGGAAUUCUACAGCGAGGCGGACGCCUCGCACUGUAUUCAACAAAUCCUGGAAAGCGUUCACCACUGCCACCAUAACGGAGUUGUGCACCGGGAUCUGAAACCCGAAAAUUUACUCCUCGCGAGCAAGGCGAAAGGGGCGGCUGUGAAAUUAGCAGAUUUUGGUCUAGCGAUCGAGGUGCAGGGUGAAGCGCAGGCAUGGUAUGGUUUCGCUGGAACGCCCGGCUACCUCAGCCCGGAGGUGCUGAAGAAGGAGCCAUACGGAAAACCAGUCGACAUAUGGGCGUGCGGUGUCAUACUGUACAUCCUUCUGGUCGGUUAUCCACCCUUUUGGGACGAGGAUCAGCAUCGGCUCUAUGGACAGAUCAAGGCCGGAUCGUACGAUUAUCCGAGUCCAGAAUGGGACACCGUCACGCCGGAAGCCAAGAACCUUAUCAAUCAGAUGCUGACGGUGAAUCCAGGAAAGAGGAUCACUGCCAGCGAGGCACUGAAGCAUCCAUGGAUCUGCCAACGUGAGCGUGUUGCAUCCGUGGUGCAUAGACAAGAGACCGUGGAUUGCUUGAAGAAAUUCAAUGCAAGGCGCAAGUUAAAGGGCGCUAUAUUGACGACCAUGCUGGCGACGCGGAACUUUUCCAGUAAGUAUGAUGCACAGGGUCGAAGCAUUAUCACGAAGAAGGGUGAUGGCUCUCAAGUGAAGGAAUCCACCGACAGCAGCACAACGAUCGAAGACGAUGAUGUUAAAGAGGAUAAGAAGGGCGGCGUCGACCGGAGCAGCACGGUCAUUGCCAAAGAACCCGAAGGUACACCUCCGAGCAGCCCCGCGACAAUGUCCGCGUUCUCCAGGAUGGUCGGCGCGGCCACAACCAUGGCGAACAAACAGGCCCCGAAUCAGAACCAGACCCAGAUUCAGGCCCAGGUCCAAGCCCAGAUUCAGAAUACGGGCAACCCCCUCGGAAUUGCCGCGGUUCUUCUUCAAGGGGCCCAAGCUGGCAGCGCAGGAAGCGGUAGCAGCAGCGGUAGCAGCAACAACAGCCAGAACAGCCAAGUCGGCGCGUCACCAUCGUCGCCGGCCAGUAUCAGCCAUCAGGCGAAUGGUAGCAACGAGCCGAUAGCAUCGCGACGCCAGGAUUCCUCCUCACCCACCGACAUAAGAAUCGUGUGUCCUAUCAAGACCUGCAGCCAGCUUUCAACCAACUCCCAAUGCUCAGCACGCCGACAGGAAAUCAUCAAGAUGACUGAGCAAUUGAUCGAGAGCAUCAACACCGGAGAUUUUGAGGCAUACACGAAAAUCUGUGAUCCACAUCUGACCGCAUUCGAGCCGGAGGCUCUAGGUAAUUUAGUCGAGGGAAUGGAUUUUCACAAAUUUUACUUUGAUAAUGCAGUCUUGGGGAAAAACUGUAAGGCGGUCAAUACGACAAUCCUGAACCCCCAUGUUCAUUUGCUGGGCGAGGAUGCUGCUUGCAUCGCGUAUGUCAGGCUGACACAAUACAUGGACAAACAAGGCGUAGCGCAUACCCAGCAAAGUGAGGAAAGCCGCGUGUGGCACAAGAGGGACAACAAAUGGCAGAACGUGCAUUUUCAUCGAAGCGCGGUGACGGGUCCAUCCCCGUUCUCUUUCAACCACAAAUAAAUCGGCCAAGAGGACUGUCCUGCUGCCGCUCUCGGCGAAUGCUCGUUAUCCCCCGAUAGAGCGCGAAUGAAGUAACGAAAUGUUAGGAAUGUGGAACACAACGUACGCGGGCAUCCUCACACACACACACACACACACACACACACACACAUAAAACACGUACAUAAGAACGAAGUUACAUAAGAACGAAGAGAACACACAACGACGUAAUGCGGUAUUCGAGAGGCAGAGAACAUAGUAACGCUACAACAGUAACACACGAAUACAAAUACAUUAACAUAUAGUACCAAACGCGACAAAACCGAAGAUGUGACGCAUCCGCCGGCAUGUAUUACUUGCUCCAGUACCUGCUCAGCGUACUUACUACCUAUAUUUACGCGUGCACACCCACCGCACCAAGUGUGCCUCGGAGCCUCGACGAGGGAAAUAUGCGCGAAUCAUUGGAAGCGCGAGAAAAGAGCAGAGAGAGUCGGUCAAUCGAUUGUAUUUGUAACGAGCACCGAGGACACGAGGUAGACACUGUCCAUUGUCGGUUGAUGAACGCGAUCACGGCGGAGAGAAAGAGAGAGGAGAGAGAGAGAGAGAGAGAACAAGGGAAAUUUCUGGGCUGCAACGUUCAUGCACAUGCACUCCGAUCAUUCGUUUCGCUGGCAUCUUAACAUCGUCCGUUUUGGUUUCGUAUCUUGCGCGACGACGCGUCUUCUUCUUCGGUUCUUGAAAGCAAGACUAACGUCGAUUUCUCAAGACGGCAAGCGGAUCCUCCAAAUAGAAUUGUGAUAUCGAGACAAGUCAUCGCGUGUGUGACAAAGAGAUAAUGAAACCGCUAUCGCAAUCAAACUCGCGUCGAUGUUUCAUGUAUCGUCAAGCAUCAUCAGCAAAGUUGGAAAAUUUGAAUUGCGAGGAAAUGUAAUAAACAGAGUCGGAUAAAAUGAAUAGCACAAUGGCAGAUGAAACGAGUCGUCGGAGACGGCGAAGAGAGACGGAAAGCAGGAAGAGGAAGUGGCGAUAGAGUCGACUCGGAUCGAUGCUGGGCAUCGACGGAGACAGCGACGGUCGUGAUGGAACGAGAAGAGGAGUAAGAGCGGGAGAAAGAACAAGUAUCCAAGUAUCGACAUAAGAGAGAUAGAGAGACAGGAGAGAGAGAGGGGGAGAGAGGGAGGGGGAGAGAGAGAGAAAACGGUGCGACGUGGUGAGGCAGAGCAAUGGAAUGGAAUCGCGAUCGAAAAUUGCGACUGGAUGCCACGCCGUGUUUGCGUUGAUGAACGUCCAGCAUAUUUCUUCAUGUAAUUCCUUUCUUCGGCUUUCGCUCUCGUCUCAUCUUGGCGAGAUACGGAGCUGCAUCUAGACACGUGCGACGAGAGAGAAAAUGUGGCGAGAUGCGAUCGAAAAUCUGCAAAAGAUCGUUUCUAUUUAUUUCAUUAACGAUAAGACUUAUUAACUAAUUUUUAAAUUUCUUCUUGAUAAAUAGAUUCGCAUGGCGCAUAUGUUCGACACGUUCUAUCGACUCAGUCUCUUAACACCGGAUGUAUCUUUCGAAUGCACAAAUACCAUUUAAUGAAUCAAUGAUAAUAUCGCGACGUAGAACUUGAACGAAAAAAGAAGAUAUAGGAAAAACAUGAUAUAGGAAAAAUAUAUCCGUCACGUGAGAUAAAUCUGAUAUCUCUUUUAGAGAAUUGCAUUUUUACCUAGUAAUGUUCAAGAAAGUAUUUCGAGCUUCAUAUUUAACGUAGCGUAAGUUUGACAUAUAUAAGCUUCAAUUAUUUCUAUUGCGAGAUUAACAGCGAUUCGAAAUGUACACGAUUAUGCUGUCAUGAGGAAGUAUAUACCACGCGAUAUCAAAUCCUUCGUAAUGUUCCUUCUGAAUAGCGAAUAUCACUGAGACGAUAAUAAAUUUAUUAAUCGACGAACUCGCCGAUGUUUGAUAGAUUGCAUCUCGCUGCGGAAAAAUAUACCUUCUUUCCCUUUCCUCCCUUCACACGCAUUUAAAGAAAACACAUAAUGCGCGUGACCGUCCUAGAUAGAGAGAAAGAAAUAAUCUUUAACUGUCUCAUUUUAUGAUUGUCAGGCACUUUGAUGACUGGCGUAUUUGUAUAUCCGGUUAUUUUGAACGGUGGAUGUUGUGAUAUAUUCACAUAUACAGUAAACGGAUAAAUCAUACAAAAUAUUUCCUAUUAUCUUUACUCUUUUAGCUCAGUCUUCUAAUUUCAUUUGUCAAAUAAAUCUUGUAUUUCUAUGUACACAUAAAAAUGAUUAACGAAAAAAUAUUAGAAAAGAAAAAUCAUCUUCCACACAAAUAAAAGAAUUAAGGAUAAAGCGGGCAGCACAGACUUGCAUAAAGCACGUAACACAUAAGACAUAAGAAAUUCAAUCAAUCAGAAUUCUUUAUUUCAUGGAAAGGAAGAAAACGAAAAAUUUUUAUUGGCUCAUUUUUUUAAGUAUUAUGUGUUAUGCGUUGUGUAAGAAUCUGUGCUACCCGUCUAAAAGAGGAAAGAAAAAAGAAAAAUGGAAAAGCAAACAAAAUGUUAUGAAAAAAUGCCGAAAAAAA